CUUUGUGUAGAAUGCUUGUAUGAUCAAAUGGGUUGAUUGGUGUGAGAUAUAUUGUAUGAAAUGGCUAAAAAGGUUUGUUGUUUUGAGUUGGGAUUCAGAGGUGUGGGCAUUUUGUUGGGAAUGAUUUUCAUGGGAGUGAGUUAUGGGGUUGUUGAGGGUAACUUAGUCGCUGGACAGAAGUCUCUGGAAGUUGGAAGGAAUGUAGAUGCUCUCAAUAGGCAUGCAGUGAAAACCAUUCAGAGUGAAGAUGGGGAUGUCAUUGACUGCAUUGACAUUUACAAGCAGCCCGCUUUUGAUCAUCCUGCUCUAAAGAACCACACCAUCCAGAUGACACCUAGUUAUGAUCCAACAACAGAGACAAGGGCAGAAACCAUAGCAGCAAAGCUUGGAGGCAGGGAAAGAGAGUCUUCCAGGACUGUUACAUCACAGCUAUGACAGAAAAGUGGAAGCUGCCCUAAGGGAACAAUCCCAGUCCUAAGGAUCCAAAACAAAGACCUACUAAAAUCAGAUUCAGUUGGAGAAUA